CGGCGCCACAAGUGCGUCAGCUUAGAGAAAGCGAGGCGACCUCUUGAGAUACGCAUCGAAAUCUCGUCUCCAACAGAUCCACCGGCUGUGUUGCAACUUCCCCAGGUAGGCAAAACUCUCCGUAACCUCCAGUGUCUCACCAUCAUGAGUGAGUGCAGGUACGGACACCUGAAAGUCUUGGAAAGAGCUUUGCACUUAAAUGGGGAAAAGGCCAUCUAUACUUUGACGCUUCAAUCGCCAAGCGGUUGAGUACAAGUUGGGCGGUCUGUGGACCGUCACCCAGCAAGACGAUAUCAUCAGCGUAGUCCAAGACAACGACUCGGCUACUUUAAGGGGAGCUCAACGCCAACACUCAACGAAUCAUCCAGAGCAUUCAUCAGGAUAUCCGCAAUGACAAAAUUGAAAAUGAAUGGGGAGAUAGGACAUCCUUGUCGAACUCCACUGGUGACAACAAACGAAGGCGAAAGCUUACCAUAAGCCCUAACUCUACCCGAGGUCAGACUAUACGGAGGACGCAGUAGGGAAACGAACUUCCUGGGAAUGCUAUUUCUCAACAGACAGUGCCACAAUGCAGCCCUGUUAACAGAAUCGAAGGCAUCACGAAUAUCCAGGAUCACAACAAUCGUUGACUUUUGAUAUACAUAGCGGAGCUCGAGGAUCUGGUGGAGUGUGAAGAUUUAAUCGAUGCAACUCGAUUGCAACUGUGGUUGUAUUUGCUUUUAUGACACAUCGUGUCAAUUGACAUGGCUUACAAGUUUCACUAGAAUGAACUCGUUUCAGAUGUCGUUACUUGUCUUUUUGCUAACUUCUCAUUGUCUUCUGUUUUGAUGUCACCUCGCUUGUCUCCUCCCGUAAUUAUCUACCUCAGUCUUGGCAGUCGUAUCCACCUGAAUUCGGAGUUCGGAUAAUGAAUGUUUACUCCAAUUGAACCGAGUCACUCGCGAUUUAUCUCCAUUGUAUGGUGAACCAUAAAAGCUUGAAAUAAAUAGUCCAAAAUCUUCUAGCCUUCCCUCACUUAUAAUGCUGCAUUUCAUGCACCAAGUGGUGACUCGACUCCGUUCUUUGGAUUUGUUCCCCCCCCUUCCUACAGGAUUGCUUUGGUCACCUUUUCUCCGAUGAGGAUGAGGAUGAAGAAGAUGACGCAGGCGACGAGGAUGAGGACGGUAGCGGACCCUGCAUCAUUCCACAGACCGCAAGCCUAUUGCACAGUCGCUUGACUCAUUCAGAUGAACGUGAUGAAAAUGACGAUGAUGAUGACAGGGACGCGGAUGCGAACGAGCGGCCACACCACGAAUCCGACCUGACUCGGCAGUCUUCUAGAUCAAGUAUUCUGGCUGCUGACCCUUCAGCAGCUGUUAUCGAAGCGGAUGCGGAGAGCGGUUACGGUGCUUCCUGUUCCUCAUCUUCUGUACGGCUCUGUCGUUCCAGCCUGAAGCGGGACAAGCGUCGGAGCAAACGGCGUCUGCAACGACGAGGUGCUUCAAUCCGAACGGAUUCUGUAAACCCAAGCCUAUCUCCCACUCUGGCCGAACCUUCUUGGGCUUUGUCUCAACCCCAGCUUUUAUUUGAUCCCCAUGAAGGUUUUCUUUCGAUGGGGCUAGAUCAUACUUGUCCCAACGGUGGUAUCCAUCGAUCAAGCACCAAUCGCGCUGGCACUUCACGUCACAAACGGAACAGGGUUCGCAUCUUGGACGAGAGUGGUCCAUCGGUCCGAACGGAACAGCCCAUGCAAUCAGCCCUAGAUAUUAUAGCCCCAUCCAAACCCUUUUCUUCUGGUUCAUUCCACACUUGUAGCGAGGACUACCGACUGAUGGGCGAAUGUCCAACUCGUCAGCCACGUCCUGAACCGAACAUCACUUACCCCACUUCUAGCGUUGUUUCUUCGCUUGCUCGAGGUCCUAUCCAUCCAUGUGCUGCAGACCAAACGUCAGGCUCAUCAGCGCCACAGGCACAGUACUAUCCACCUUCAUUACGUGACGGGUUCGGGUCACAUGCAGCGAUUGCCACCGAACUUGAUGAAAGCUGCUCUCCUGUUCCGGAUGCACCGGCUCCCCCUGGACUGGCUCCCGGCGCUUCUAUGCCUCCACCGGCUGAUGCGGUGCCCAGUGCGUCCAUACUUGUCUCAACCACUACACAAUCUGCUUAUUCUUCUGCGCUCGCCACAUGCACAUCUUCCUUAUUGUUUCCUAAUCGUUUCGCCUCUUCCACCCUGCCGUUUGAUGCGUGUACAAAUUUGGCGGUAUCAGGAUAUCACACCAACCAAUCGGAGUUCGUAGCAGGAGGUGUGUGCGAGCUUUCUUCCGGUCUUCAUUUCCUCCAUAACUCCGGUUGUCCUGCUUGCGAUGCUUACCCUCCGGACUCGGCACCCUGUUUCGUGACGGAAAGUGGGGCCUGCGCUAACACGCCACCACCGAAUAGCAUUUCAGACGCCCUGUCCUCAUCGAAUUCACCUCCUCCUCUUCUCCCUCCAUCUGCCGAUCGGAGUUCCGCUUUCAGUCCAGCAUUUUCCCGCACUGUUGGCACCAGUCCACUUGGCCCUGAUUGCAGGCAAUCAGGAACUGAUCGACGCCCCCAUCCCUGUCUCUGUGUUGCCUACCUUCAUUCCGGGCACCGCCCACAUCUCUGUGAUCAAAAUGCUCACAUCUGUGUCAAAGGUCACUAUGAGCAUCUAUUUCGGAAUGAUAUGUGCCAGUCCAAUCAUCCAUCCUAUCACCAAUACGCCUGUCCAGUGCAUUCAAAUCGCCUUGUUUCAUCCGGUGACACGGUGCUCUCAGAAUUGCCGAGUCACACACAACAUCUGUCGGAACCAAUGGACCAAAUUCGUUACGGUGGAGUUCAUCUCCGUUCCAAUCUCUAUCGUGAUUCGUUUAUCGGUCUUCGUUGCCGAAGUCAGGCAGAAUCUCCGCCACCCCCUGCGCCUAUCUCCUGCCAUCGGGUAAAGUCGCAGUCGGACCCGCACAGUUCCGUUGUCCGAUCGCAUCGCUCUCUUGAUGGCGCACGAAGCCAGUCAGCCAUGGAACAGCGGCGCUAUUCAGCUCCGGUGGAGCCUUACUAUGAAGUUAACUUGGCCUCUCCACUCGACCCUCUAACUGGAAACGCUUCCCCACGCGUCAGUCUGGUAGUGGACAACGUACGUUUUGUGAUCGAUGCGAAACGACUGCAAGCCUAUCCGGACACCAUGCUGGGUCGCAUGCUCAGCUCCCAGUUCGCGGAAGCGUCACGGCUUCGUUGGUCUCGUUCUUCUCGGUCCGCUUGCCCGGAGGAUCAUCCUGAUGGGGAUCACUUGGCACGUGCGUCUUCCUCCUCCACGACCGCCACCGCCGCCGCCACGACUUGGGACAGCGAAUCAUGCCGUGCACGAGUCGCACCCGAUGUGGUGCUGGCUCCGCAUUCCAACAUUUCUGCUCAGUUGUUCCGUGCCAUACUGGACUACUACCUUGUCGGUUAUAUGUCCUGUCCUCCCGGAGUCUCUGUACAAGAGCUGAAAGAGGCUUGUGACUACUUCCUCAUCCCAUUCAACCACCACACCGUCCGAUGUAGCAACCUACGUGCCUUUCUUCACGAACUAUCCAACGACGGAGCACAUGCCAUGUUCGAACGCUUUCUGGAGGCCCACAUUCUCUCUUUGUUGGUUAAAUGCGCUAGGAAAGGGGAGCGCGAGUGUCAUGUGGUUGUUGUCACGGAUGAUGAGAUCAUCGACUGGGAUCCGGACUAUCCGCCACAGAUGCCAGAGAAUGAGCUUCGUUCACAUAUCAUCUAUAGCACACAGAUGUUCCGCUUUCUCAAAUACAUCGAGAAUCGUGAAGUGGCCAAACAAGUGUUAUUGGAACGUGGCCUCAAGAAAAUACGCAUAGGUAUUGAAGGCUAUCCGACUUCGAAAGACCGGGUGAAGUUCCGUCCAGGUGUUCGGCCAGAGGCGAUCUACAACUACAUCCAAUGUCCAUUCCUGCGUAUGUCGUGGGAGGAAGAGGAGAACAAAUCGCGUCAUGUUGACUUUCAGUGUGUCAAGAGCAAAUCGGUUAGUGAUUUGACCACCGGACUUGAACAGGCUGUGGUCGAUCCUCUUCCUCCUCAUUUGGUUCGGUCUCCGUCUAAUCAUCAGUUGCGCGCCUCUCCUCUCCACGAUUCUUCAAAUUUUGCAGUGCAAGUGGACACCUUGGAAUCCAGCGGCAUCAAUACCUCUGAUGCGCCACCCGAACCAAGUCCAGUUGAACCGGCUGAUUCCACCGAAACACCUGAUAUGUCGACAGCGGCGCUACUUCCCUCUGAAACACGUGAGUCAACCGCACUAGUCGACACGGAGCUGAAUACUAGAGAUACCUCUUCGGACACCUAAUUGUCAGCAGUUACGCACAUCCUCUGUCCUCUGUUGUGGCAUUUCUCCAUAGUGCGGCUCUCUUUCUGUUCGUUUUCGGCGCAGCGCCUCUUAAUCUACUGCUGUGCGCUCUUGUUGCUGUGAUAUUAUUGCUCGCUUACUGCCCGCUUUCCUCAUCCAAUGCACACUUUCCAUUCUACUAUUCCGUGGGGACCGGACUCUUCACGUUUGCUUAAUCAUCGUGUAUGGGUGUGUCUGCCCUCCUUGUUUUCCAGUUCAACACUUAGGAAACACCGCUUUCCCCUUUCCCCAGCGCGCUUAUGGCCGUUGGUCGUCUUUCCCAUCCCCCACCCCACCCCGGAUUCAUUCGUCGUACAUUUUUGUCGAGUGUCGUCGACUCUCCCAUUCCCGUUUUCAAUCUUACGCAUGUUUCAGUUAAUUCCGUUUGCUGUCGAUGGUCAAUCAACAUGACUACCUUUUAUCUCUACUGUGAGUGUUUCUGUUUUUCGAACAGGGUGCGUUUUCACAACACGAUGACAUUAGCUCAGUUCAGUCGGUCAAUUGUACACCGUACUGUAGGUCAUAUUAUAUUACCAAACAUUUGUACUGUUGAUGACCCAUGGUCAUUCAAUAAUACUUCACCGAAAAAUAAGAUUCUCGAC